GCGUCAUGGGGCGGAGCUUCGGGUGGCGGGAAGAGCAGGCACCGGAAUGGAGGUACAGGAGAGCGGCAGUGGCUCGGCUGAGAGUGGGACGCAGGAUCCCUCGCCUGUCCCCAGCAAGACCGCCGGCCACUACGAGCUGCCGUGGGUUGAAAAAUACAGACCAGUGAAGCUCAAUGAAAUAGUGGGAAAUGAAGACACUGUGAGCAGGCUGGAGGUCUUUGCAAGAGAAGGCAAUGUACCCAAUAUCAUCAUCGCUGGCCCUCCGGGAACUGGCAAGACAACCAGCAUCCUCUGCUUGGCGAGAGCGCUGCUGGGCCCGGCCCUGAAGGAUGCAGUUCUGGAACUCAAUGCGUCCAAUGACAGGGGCAUCGAUGUGGUGAGGAAUAAAAUCAAAAUGUUCGCCCAGCAGAAAGUCACCCUUCCCAAGGGCCGACACAAGAUCAUCAUUCUGGAUGAGGCAGACAGCAUGACGGACGGUGCCCAGCAGGCCCUCAGGAGAACCAUGGAAAUCUACUCCAAGACGACCCGCUUCGCUCUGGCUUGUAACGCUUCAGACAAAAUCAUAGAGCCCAUCCAGUCCCGCUGUGCGGUGCUCCGCUACACCAAGCUCACCGAUGCGCAGGUCCUCAGCAGGCUCAUGAAUGUCAUCGAGAAGGAAAAAGUGCCAUACACAGAUGACGGCCUGGAAGCCAUCAUUUUCACAGCCCAGGGAGACAUGCGCCAGGCACUGAACAACUUGCAGUCCACCUUCUCAGGAUUUGGCUAUAUCAACAGUGAGAAUGUAUUCAAGGUCUGUGACGAGCCCCACCCGCUGCUGGUGAAGGAGAUGAUCCAGCACUGUGUGGACGCCAACAUCGAUGAGGCCUACAAGAUUCUUGCUCACCUCUGGCACCUGGGCUACUCGCCAGAAGAUGUCAUCGGCAAUAUUUUCCGCGUGUGUAAAACCUUCCCAAUGGCCGAAUACUUGAAACUGGAGUUCAUCAAGGAGAUUGGAUACACUCACAUGAAAGUGGCGGAAGGAGUGAACUCCCUGCUGCAGAUGGCUGGGCUCCUGGCCAGGCUGUGUCAGAAGACCAUGGCUCCGGUGGCCAGCUGACUUGAGACGCCCUUCACUGAUGGAAUUAGGAGAAUCCUUGUCGCCGAGACACUGAUGUUCCAGCUUUCCACUUGUGGGAGUCGUGCCUUAGCCUUUGCUAGAACCUGCUCUGUGUUUUUCUUCUGUGAGAAUAGGGUCUCUUGUAGCCCAGGCUGACAUUGAACUCCUGACCUCUCUCCCAGCUCUGCCUGCCGAGUACUGGGAUCACAGGUGUGUGUCCUGCUUGCUUCAUGCAGGACGAUGGCGGAGCCCACAGCUUGUGCUUGUCAGAUGAACACCCUGCCAGCUGGGCGACAGUGAGAGCCUGAGCUCUGGAAGAUUUCCUCAUGGCUACCGAUACACGUCUGCUCUUCAGUGUGUGAAUAUGGCCUCAGGCCCUGGACAUGGGCAUGGUGGGAAAGCUCUGACCUCCUCAGUCUUGUUGUAGCUGAUAAAGCCUUUGGAUGUUUGUCUUUGAA